AUGCCCACCUCCAUAAAGCCACCACAUAGACAAUAUCUUCACUGCACAAACCACGUCACACCCUCCCCACCUUCUAACUCUCAACACCGCCACUACAAUCUAUCUCCCAUCCCCGUGAAGCCACAAUACAGACAUCAUCCUCACUACAUCAACAUACCACUUCACAACCUCCUCCAGAACCCGACCACAAUGACCACCCCGCAAACUCCCUCCCCAAACUCCAAGAAAACCGUCCGCUUCUCCCCCACCCCCCAAAUCUUCGCGCUCCCAUCCAAUCCCCUCCUAACCACCACGCGUGCGUAUCGCGAUCCCAGCAACGCGGCGCUCGAGCGCAUGGCCGACGAAUGGCGGCAAGCGACGCUCGCGCAGGAGCGGCUUCAUGCCGCGCGCGCGAGCGCCGCGCUGGCAGCGGAAACCGGGGCCCGAGGCGCGAGUGCUGGGCCGAAGGGAGCUGGCACGGUUCGAGCGGCGGGUAGGCCGCUGGGAGAGAUUGUGGGGUGGGUGCCGCGGGCUGCGUGUGCGACGGGUUCGGCGGGUGGAGGCCGCGGAGGCGAUGGGAGGGUGAGGGAUGCGGAGGGGCCGGUGCCGUGGCGGAGGGGGUGA